CAGUUAAGGUGUGACAGAAAUGACCAGGGGCCACCUGGCCGGGCCACACCGUGUUGAAUGUGGAAACAUUCGUGGAUGUAUUAUGUGCAUCAUAAUCCUGUAUCGUAUCACUGACAGUCUCCAGGAAGACACUCUUCCUGCCGCGAAUAAUUACGGACUAUUGGCGAGUGAUAGCAGUCAGGCGACACGUGCCAAGUAGAUGACAAGAGAGAAGAAACUUCCAAAGUCAUCAGUCAAGCCAUCGAUAGUGACGUCUCUUUGACGUUGUAACGUCACCAGCUCCCAUUACAAUGAGCCGAGGAGGCUUGGAUGAGUGUUAUUCUGAGGAAAUGUGUGCUAUGCAUUCCUAUGAUAUCAAGAACUGUGGUUAUGACACCCGGUGCAAGAUGUCCGUUGGUGGAGGGUGUGGAAAUGACAGCGGUGGUCCCCUGCAAAUUAACACAGCAGGAAGAUAUGGAAGUAAGCUAUGUUGUGACACACACUCCUUGGCCACUGUCACUCCUAACAAUUAUCAAGCAGCUCCUUCCACAAUUACAAAGAGUACCUUAGGAGAUGGUUGCUAUGAUGUCACUCUAAAUGAUGGCACUAGUGGUACUUACGUUAAAACAAGUUUGCAAGACAUCACUGCAGACUCAUCUGCAACACCUAUUCGCCCUACUGAGUGCUCUUUUAGUGGAAAUAAAGAUAAACUUGUCCAUAAGAUUCCUACUAAUGAGGUCAUAGGACAUGGAACAACAGAUCUGAGUAAAGUUGAGCCUCGGAGUGAGGGAGCAGAGAUGGUGGGGGGUGCAGGUAUGAUGAGGGCAGGUGGACGACACCACUUGGUUGACAUUCAUGGAUUGGCAGUAUUCUUGCGGCAGUCUACCCGGUGUUUGUCAUGUCGAGCCUCCCGCUGCCUUUACAUCACUGGCACCAUCUCUGCCCACCUGGCAGCUGUCACACAGGUGAAAAUAACCUGUCAAAAGUGCCACUAUACUACAUCGCAGGCCCUUUCCCGGCCUGCUGCUGCUUCAGACGAGCCGGGUUCACCUCACCCCACCUCUCUGCAGCCUACCCCACCCUCAGACAGUCAAAGUCCCCUCCAACCCACUCCAUCUAAUGACUUGCAUCCCUCAUUGUCGUAUAUAGCAACCAUUCACCAGAAUUCAUUCAAGAAACCCACAGAAAAGCAAGUACCUCCUGUAGCACUCCCUCCUACCUCCAAAGCAAAUGGAACAACCAACCAGCAAGCUUUACAAAAUGGACCAUCCAACAAACUGCUGUCUUUGUUGUCUCUGCCUCCCUUGCAACCUUUGGAGGAAGUGUGUGUGAAGGAGGAAACACCAUCAUCACCCCAGAUCACCAGCUCCUUCCACACUGUACAGACAUCAGCCACACUUGCAGAUGCUCAUAAAUUUCUCCCUUGCCAUGAGAGGUGUGACAUAACACACAGCUGCAGUCACUCUGCCUCACCUCCACCCUGCCUAGAUCUUCACAAUAAAAUAAUUCCCCUGAACCCCUCCAAUGAAAUAAGGGUGACCAAGGGGCUUCCAGAGAGUCAAAAUUCUACAACAACACACUCGUCGGACCACCUUCAUACACCACAAGCAGAUAGUUCCUUGCCUCAGGUAUCUUCUUUAUCUUCCUCAAGUUCUGAUGCUUAUUCAUCUGCCCCAGCUACCCCUUCUUGUACUUCAUCAUUAUUUCCAAAUUCUGGCCCCUCAUUACUUAAGUUGCUGUCUUCCACAAUGUUAUCACCUCCAUUACCAUACACAUUACCCCUUUAUUCAGCUCUAUUUCAGCACAGUCUUGCACCUGACCCUCUGCUGGAAACAUAUGAAAUAAAGAGGAAAGUAGAAAAAGGCUUGGAGGAAUCUUUACGCCUGGUGAGACACAUGAUCCAACAGGGAUCCUCCUCUCAGUCUUCAGUCACAGCAUCACUAAGAGAAGCAAAACUGACAGGAAACAAGGAAGAUGUACAAGAGAAUUCUCAAAAUCUGUCCAUACCCGCACUUGCAGAUUACAAAGAUUUUAAGAAUUUCAAUCAAAUGUCCAGCAACUUCAGUUUACAAUCAACAGAAGUGGAUAAUUUAGAUACACAUAAUUUUUCCAAGAGAUGUAAUGAAAAAUAUCUCCAUGAAGACAAUAGUAAAUCAGCACAUGACAAAUGUUUCUUUAAGAACUUCAUUGGUAAUAGAAGUAAGCAUACAAAAAAGAGCAGACCAAAAAGACGAUCAAAGCUUAAAGGCACUGGAAAAAAGCGAUCUCAUAAGGAAGAUCAUGAACAUGGUGAAAGAAAACGAAUGAAAUCAUGCAAAAAGCAUAAGGAUAACAACACACAAUCUUUUCCUUCCACAAAAGAGGAGGGCAAGGACUCGGUAGAUAUUUUGCGCAAAUCUCUACCUGUAAUUCAUGUUCGUCUUGUUGGCUCCGAGUUCAAUAUUCAAAAUGAAGGAAGGGAAUACAGUGUUACCAUACCUGGCGACUGCACUUCACUUGAUAAGAGGAAAGAAUGCAAACAAGUUUCUGUUGAUAAAUAUGGCCUCAAAAAUGAAAAGUCAGGAGAGAUGAUUGAAUCACGGGUAAAUUUAUCACCUAACCAAGCAACAGAAUGCACUCAUGACAGAACAGUGCACAGAUGCAAAUCAAAAAUUCAUAAUGUGUCUGAUGUGAGUACCUCUUCCUGUUGCAGUAGUUCAGAGCUCUCCAGUCAGUGUAAACAAGAACCUUUAAAUUUUAAUUGUAAGUGUAACUUAUUAACAGUGGGAAGCCUAGGACAGUCUUACACUGCAAAACCAUUACAGGAUGGAUGCUGCAGUAGAAGACAGCAAAAGAAAGAGUCAAGUUCUUCUGGGGUUCAGACACUGGAUGCUAAAGCUGGACUUAGAGAAUUAGCAAAUUUCCUUGAUAGAAGCACCAGCAAAGAAAAUGAAGCUGGAAACUUUGAUAUAUCUAAUGAAAUUAUCGAUAACUUAGAAAGAAACAUUAAGGUUGUAAUGCGUAAAAACUCCAUGAAGAUGGCCAUACAAUCUUUACUCAAGAAAGAUGCACAAAGAAAACCCAAAGUUCAGUUAUAUAGGGAGCCAAAAAUUGCAGGAGAGAAUGAGGUAGAAGUCCAUGCAGACUUGCAUGAUAUGGAAAGAGAAGUGAGAGGUUGCUGUUUCCAGGAAGAUGGCAACAGCAUGUCCUGGAGAUUUCAUGAUCUUCUGUCCAGUGACACUGGCUCCAGUUCCGACUCCGACACAAGUGAUGGGCAACUCGUUAUUGAUACAGAUGGCUAAAAUACACAAAUAACCCGCACAUAAAAGAGAGAAGCUUACGACGACGUUUCGGUCUGACUUGGACCAUUGACAAAGUCACACUGUAUCGUUCACACGGUAUUGUGCCUUUUUUGUUAUUGAUGGCUAAAAUGUCUCUUAAGUAAUUCUGAGUGUGUGUGUGUGUGUGUGUGUGUGUGUGUCAAAUAUUGUGAGUAGAUUAUAAUUGGUAUAUCUUUAAAAUUGAACAAUAAACUACAUGUGAAUAAACGAUUUAGCAUAGGUAUGCACCAUAGUAAAAUCUGUAGUGAAGGCUUUGUUACACAUCAGUGCUAGUCAUAUUUGGGUGUGAUAUUUCUUCUUAGGUACAUAUAAAUAUCUCUUUAAAAGAGUAGAAUGAAAAGAAGUGUUUUAUCUGCAAGCUUGAUAUUUACUUUUUGAUCAUCUUGUAUAAUAAAGAAACUUAAAUGUAAGUUAACAGUUGUCAUUUGUGACAAAAGACAAUGAGUAGCUUAGGAGCAUCAGUUUGUAGUAGUACACACAUGUAGUUCUUCAAAAAAGUGAGGAUAACGUAUUGUAUAUUGCUGCUUCACCUAUUAAUAUUCUGGGCAAGGCCAACAACCAAGAGAAGGUAUGCACAAUCAGUGGAAAUCCAUUUAGUGCAUGUUUAGCAAUUUGGCCUGACCAUAAUGCUUUUUGAGGUUUCUUUUUUUAAAAAGCUGGACUUAAAUACUGUAUAUUGCAUUUUUUUUAUCUGGUCAUGCCCCCUCUGUGAGUGGCAUCUUCCAUGUUGGAAAGUAGCUAGAAUGUUUAUUACUAACCUAACACUCCUGUACUUACUGUUGCACACAAUAAUAUUUGGAUGACUUUCAUUCAGUCAUAUGAGCAAGUCACUUUCCAUCCAUUGUCUCCAGUAUCAAAGGUGCAACAAUACAAGGUUAGUCAUUCAUAAAAUGUAGGUUUGACUGUCUUCAAAGAUGUUGGUGAAUAGAUCUUGAGCCAUGAAAUUGAAGCUACUCUUUUCUUCAGCAGAUCAAACUUGAAUACCUCCUCUUCCCACGUGCUGUGUGACUCCCAUGGGAUCAGUAACAUACACAGUAUAAUAUUAAUAGGACCCCACCAGACGUAAGUCUGACCUAUUUUUGGGUUAUCCUUGUAGGUAAUUUACACAUGUCAUUAUGUAUGAAAAUUGUACUUAUGUGUACCUGUACCUAAAUAAACUUACUUAGGUUUGACUUUUGGCAAUAGCCAGGCUUCUUGAGGUGUAAUUGAUUGUAAGCUUAAGUAAAGCUGUUCAGGGUGAUUAUUAUUAUACUCAUGGGGAAAUGCUGAACUUGUAGGGGUCAUAUAGCAUCCAGGAGUGGGAGGUAAUCUGCUAUGAUUACUGGAAGGGGAUGCUAGCUCCAUUUCCAUAAAUCAAGAGCCCUUCACCAGUAAGGCACUCUUCCCUCCUUCAGGGGACUUAGUGAUAACUUUGCCAAACAAGUUAACAUUCAUUUAGAAUGUUUAGUAAGUUUAUGUCAAGUAUAUUGUAUUGAAUUUUGCAUGAUUGAUGGUACAAGUACUGGUGAUGCAUGCACAAUACUUUUAUUAGUAUAGAUGUUGGUACUCUUGCUGUUUGUUGAUAAUGCUUGUAUAUGGAAAUAAAUGGUAUAAAAUACCGACACAAGGGAAAUAUGAACACACAUGCAGUAUAAUGUGAUCCUUUAUCGACAACGUUUUGCCCACACAGUGGGCUUUUUCAAGUCACAGACAGAUCUACCUGGGGUGGAAGGUAUGCGAGUAUUUAUAGUCAGGUUCAGAAUGCUGGGUCAGGUGGAGAAUGCUGCAUGUGAUGAUCUGUAA